GCGUCAUCGAACGUUCUGCUGGUCGAAUGGAAAAGACCGUGUCCAUGAAAGUGAAGCAAUGCUACGCUGGUUUUUUUCAGAUGAAUAUUUCGUCGGUGUCUUAUCCUGUGUUUGCAGUACCGUCCGUCGUUUGCGAGGGAGAGGAAGAUGAGUGUUCGUUACAUUUCGACCAUGAGAGCCUUGAUUCGUUUAAAAGUGUGUAAAAAGCACCCAUCCGAAGACCCGCGUCGUGCUGAGGCUCAUAUUUGGCUAGAGAAAAAUAAGCGUAUCCACAUCCCUACAGACCUAGCCGAAGCUGCCUUAAUCAGGCACCUACACAGCCCACCUCAAGUGCAAUGCACGCUUAAAGCUAAAAGCCUACAAGAUCGCACAUCAUUCCAAUCUUCUCGCAAGCAGAAUUCAUGUACACGCUUUUACAAUCUCAGAAAAUCUAUGCCAUUGCGGGCAAACAGCAGUCAUAAAAUGCUAAUGCCUCUGGAAGAAACCGUGUGGCCAGCUUGCCGAACAUGGCAAGGGCAGGCUCCCCUACCACCAAAGCAUCGGCCGGCGGCAGCGAUGCCGGUGCAGAUGCCGGUGCCGGAGCUGGCUGGAUACUUCAUUUUCGAAAUCAGCGGCGCCUGCCAAGAGGAUGAAGAGUCCAGUUAAACAACAAUAGAGUUGCCAUAGAGUUCAGUACCGUAACCUUCGAGACAGCGACACAUUCUAGGGAAGAGCGGCGACCUAACUAUCAUGUACAAGAGGCAGUUUAAGGUUGAAAGGUUGAAUUAAUAUAACUUCCAUUAUAUUCUCACCACCGGUGAGGCUAGAGAAGGAUCGGGUGCCUGCGCUACUUCGAAUCUUGAGCUGUCACUGGGCCGAUUGUAAAGUAGGGAAUUUGGCUAGGCUGUACAGACUCGCGUGUAGUGGGCUUUAAAUACUAUCAAGUUUUCUUGUG